AUGGGGAUGUAUCGCUUCGACAAGUACAAGUCGAACGCAUCAGAGGGCGGACUAGGCGAGAUGACGAUCGUGGAGUUCGACGAAUCCAAAGUGGAUGCGCUGCAAAAGGGCGUGAGCGAAGGCUGCGUGAUAGGGGAGGCGGUGAACUUCUGCAGGGAUAUGGCGAACGAGCCUGCGAACAAUAUGACGCCGUCGGACAUGGUAGAGCAGGCUCUGAAAGUUGCUCACACGCAUGGUGUGGAGCUUGAAGUGCUGGAGCGGGCGCGGAUGGAGGAGCUGGGCAUGGGCGCGCUGCUGGGUGUGGCGCAGGGGAGUGAAGAGCCGCCGAAGUUUAUCAUCAUGCGUUACAACGGGGAUGUGGAUGAUGAGGAGAACAACAUCGGGCUGCUGGGGAAGGGCAUCACCUUCGACAGCGGUGGCCUGGACAUCAAGAACGCGGCGGGCAUGUCAACUAUGAAGGGCGACAUGGCGGGAGGCGCUUCGGUUAUUGCGGCUAUGCAGGCUAUUGCGCGACUGAAGCCAAAGAUCAAUGUUACGGUCAUAGUUCCGGCGACGGAGAACAUGCCGAGCGGUACUGCGCAGCGUCCGGGCGACGUGGUGCGGGCGAUGAACGGCAAGACUAUCGAGAUUGACAAUACGGACGCCGAAGGCAGGCUGGUGCUGGCGGACGCGAUGUCUUACGCGCGGUCGGUUGGGUUGAACCGGCUGGUGGACGUUGCCACGCUGACGGGGGCGAUGUCGGUAGCGCUGGGUGACCAGUGCAUGGGCGCCUUCGGCAACGACGAUGAGUUCACGCAGCAGGUGGUUAGCGCCGCCAAUUCGGUGGGGGAUAGGGCAUGGCCUCUGCCGAUGUUCGAUGAGUACAAGUCGCAGUACAGCAGCGACAUUGCGGACAUCAAGAACACGGGCGGUCGCGGCGCAGGGUCUAUCACGGGCGCGCUGAUAAUCGGCGAGUUCAAUGACGGGGCGCCGUGGGUGCACCUGGACAUCGCUGGAAUGCGCGGGGCGCGUGGGCAGCAAUGGCGCCACUGUGAAGGGCGCGACAGGCGUGCCGGGUGA